UUAACCUCCUUUAGCCUUAAAAAGCAAAAAGUUAUGGAUCCUUUGUACUUUUCCAACGCGUUCGGCGCCGAGGGCGGUUCCGGCGGCGGGAAUUCCUCCCUGCUGACGAACACGACGGAGAACGGGACCCUCCCGGAGCAGCCCCCCUUCAAGUACGUCCACAAAGUGCUCAUCCCCAUCUGCUACCUCCUGGUGUGCGCCGUGGGGCUCAGCGGGAACACGCUGGUCAUCUACGUGGUGCUGCGUCACGCCAAGAUGAAAACCGUCACCAACAUCUACAUCCUCAACCUGGCCGUGGCCGACGUGCUCUUCAUGCUGGGCCUGCCCUUCCUGGCCACCCAGAACGCCAUCUCCUACUGGCCCUUUGGCUCCUUCCUCUGCAGGCUGGUCAUGACCGUGGACGGCAUCAACCAGUUCACGAGCAUCUUCUGCCUGACGGUGAUGAGCAUGGACCGGUACCUGGCCGUGGUUCAUCCCAUCAAAUCCACCAAGUGGAGGCGGCCCAGGGUGGCCAAGCUCAUCAGCGUGACCGUGUGGACAUUCUCCUUCUUGGUGGUGCUUCCAGUCAUCAUCUUCUCGGACGUGCAGGAGGACUUUCAGACCUGCAACAUGAACUGGCCGGAGCCCGUCAGCAUCUGGUCGGCGGCUUUCAUCGUCUACACCUCGGUCCUGGGCUUCUUUGGGCCUCUGCUGGUGAUCUGCCUCUGCUAUUUGCUGAUUGUCAUCAAGGUCAAGUCGUCAGGGGUCCGGGUGGGGUCUACGAGGCGCAGGAGGUCGGAGAGGAAGGUGACCAGGAUGGUGGUGAUCAUCGUGGUGGUCUUCGUGCUCUGCUGGCUCCCCUUUUACACCAUGAACAUCGUCAACUUGAUAUUCAUCCUGCCAGCAGACCCCGUGCUGGAGGGCUUGUACUUCUUUAUGGUGGUGCUGUCCUAUGCAAACAGCUGUGCCAACCCCAUCCUUUACGGGUUCCUCUCUGACAACUUCAAGCAGAGCUUUCAGAAAGUCCUUUGCCUGCGGAAGGGCAACGGCAUGGAGGACGGGGAGCCCGUGGAACACAGGCAGGAGAACAGCAGCCGCCUGCAGGAGUCCAUGCUGACCCAGAGGAACGUGGAGUUCAACGGCCACAUGCAGACCAGCAAGGUCUGA